AUGGAAAACUUGGAAGCCCCUGUGAUGCUCCCUCUUUGUCCCUAUGGGCCCACAAUAGAUGAUGGCCACAGGGGGGAGAUGCAAGCUUACCAAUACUGGCCUUUCUCCUCCUCAGAUCUAUAUAACGAAAAAAAUAACAAUCCCCCUUUUUCUGAGGACUCCAUCUGACUCACAGGGUUAGUUGAGUCGCUGAUGUUCUCACACCAGCCCACUUGGGAUGACUGCCAACAACUCCUGGGGACUCUCUUCACAACAGAGGAAUGGGAGAGAAUCCUCCUGGAAGCCAGAAAGAAUAUUCUUGGACCAGAUGGGGGACCAACCCAACUUCCCAAUAUCAUUGAAGCUGGCUUCCCCUUAAACUGACCCAACUGGGACCCCAACACCUUUGAAGGUAGGGAGCAUCUGUCCACUUAUUGCCAGGCUCUUAUAGUAGGUUUCCGCACCGCCAGGCGGCCAACUAAUUUGGCCAAGGUAAGAGAGAUUAUCCAGGGGCCCAAUGAAUCUCCCUCAAUGUUUCUGGAGAGAAUUAUGGAAGCAUAUAGGAGAUAUACUCUCUUUGAUCCUCAGGCAGAGGACCAAAAGACAUCUGUUGCAAUGGCCUUUAUCGGGCAGGCUGCCCUAGAUAUUAAGAAAAAGUUACAACAUUUAGAAGGAUUGUAAGAUAUGACCUUAAGAUAUUUAGUUAGAGAAGCUGAGAAAGUAUAUUAUAAGAGAGAAACUGAGGAAGAGAGGGAACAGAGGAGGGAGAAGGAAAGGGAACAAAAGGAGGAUGAAAGGAGGAAAAGGCAGACUAAAGCAUUGGCUAAGGUCCAGGUCACAGCUGCAGAUAGGCCAGAAGUUAAAAAGCAGGGAGACAGGAAGGGAUAGCUGGGCCCACGCCAAAGGCUGCCCCUGGCCUCAGAUCAAUGUGCCUACUGUAAAGAAAAAGGACACUGGGCCAAAGAGUGCCCCAAAAAGAAGCAGCCACGCCAGCCUGCCAUGCUGACUCUAGAAGAUGACUAGGAAAGUUGGGGCUCGGAUCCCCUCCUGGAGCUCAGGGUAACAUUUGAAGUGGAGGGGACCCCAGUGAACUUUGAAGUAGAUACAGGAGCAGUAUACUCAGCCCUUAAAACCCCACUGGGCCCCCUAUCAAAUAAAAGGUCCUUAGUUCAAGGGGCUAAUGGCAGUAGAUAUCAGGCUUGGACAACAAAGAGGACUAUGGACCUAGGAAAGGGAAGAGUCCAUCACUCUUUCCUAGUAAUCCCAGAAUGCCCGGCCCCAUUAAUGGGCAGGGAUCUGCUCACCAAACUCUGGGCUAAAAUAACCUUUAACCCUGAUGGUCCCCAAGUGGAGUUUCUAAAUCCUUCAGUAAAAUCUCCCAUAGUCAUGGCUUUGACUAUGUCAGUAGAAGAUGAACAUCAACUCUUCACGCCCCCUGGGACUGAUCCAACAGGCAAACUACCCCAGAAAUGGAUAAAAGAUUAUCCUGAUGCCUGGGCAGAAACUUCUGGGUUAGAUCUAGCCAUUAAACAACCUCCAAUAGUAGUAGAAUUAAAAGCCUCUGCCUCUCCAAUCAGUGUUAAACAAUAUCCUCUAAGCAAAGAAGCUAGGGAUGGGAUAAGGCCCCAUAUUCAGAAAUACCUGGCUCUUGGGGUCCUAAGGCCCUGUCAAUCGGCCUGGAAUACCCCCCUGCUACCAGUAAGAAAACCAGGAACUGGAGACUACUGUCCUGUCCAAGACCUAAGAGAGAUCAACAACAGAGUGCAGGACAUUCACCCCACGGUACCAAAUCCGUAUAAUUUGCUUAGCACUCUGAAUCCGGAGAGGAAAUGGUACACUGUGCUGGACUUAAAAGAUGCUUUCUUCUGCUUGCCCCUGCAUAAGGACAGUCAAUUGUUGUUUGUGUUCGAGUGGAUAGACCCAGAAACAGGAACAUCUGGCCAACUAACCUGGACUAGACUCCCACAGGGGUUCAAAAACUCUCCCACUCUCUUUGAUGAAGCCCUCCACAGGGACCUCAACGACUUCAGAACUGCACACCCUGAAGUCACCCUACUCCAAUAUGUGGAUGAUCUGCUACUGGCAGCCAACACCAAGGAGAACUGUGAGUCUGGGACCCAAGCACUAUUAUAUGAGCUUGCUCAGCUUGGAUAUAGGGCUUCUGCCAAAAAGGCCCAAAUUUGCCAGCAAGAAGUAAUCUUCCUGGGUUAUUCUCUUAGGGGUGGCAGAUGAUGGCUCACUGAGCCCAGAAAAUGAACCAUUGUGCAGAUACCGCCCCCAUCUAAUAAGAGACAACUCAGAGAGUUUCUUGGGACUGCCAGCUUUUGCAGGUUAUGGAUUCCUGGGUUUGCAUCUCUGGCUGCCCCUUUAUACCUGCUGAUAAAGGGGGAUGCCCAGUUCCAAUGGACCCCUGAACACCAACAAGCUUUUGAUAAUAUCAAAAAGGCGUUGCUAUCUGCUCCGGCCUUAGCACUCCCAGAUGUAGAAAAACCCUUCACUCUCUACAUCGAGGAAAAGAAAGAAAUAGCACGGGGAGUGCUCACUCAGACUUUGGGACCUUGGAAAAGGCCGGUAGCAUACUUAUCAAAAAAACUGGACCCAGUGGCUAGCGGGUGGCCCCAUUGCCUAAGGGCUAUAGCAGCGGCAGCCCUUCUAAUAAAAGAUGCUGAUAAAUUAACGUUGGGACAGAAGCUGACCAUUAUAGCCCCCCAUGCCCUGGAGAGCAUCAUCAGUCAGCCUCCAGACAGGUGGCUAUCAAACUCCAUAACCCACUACCAGAGCCUCUUGCUUGACAAAGACAGAAUAAUGCUGGGACCCCCUAUUCCACUCAACCCGGCUACACUGCUGCCAGAAGAAUCAUCAGGACCCGUCGCUCAUGAUUGUCAACACAUACUGGUACGAGACUAAAGGAUCAGUGUAAGAGGAGACUUAAAGGAUCAGCCACUGCCUCGCCCUGAGGUCGUAUGGUUCACGAAAGGGAGCAGCUUCCUUCAAGACUGUAUGCGGCGGGCUGGAGCAGCAGCAGUAGUUAGCAAAACUAAUGUCAUCUGGUCCUCUGGUCUCCUAGAAGGGAUAUCACCUCAAAAAGCAGAACUAAUUGCCCUUACGAAAGCACUGGAACUAGCAACAGGCAAAAGGGCCACCAUAUACACUGACAGUCGCUAUGCAUUUGCCACUGCUCAUGUACACGGGGCUAUUUAUAAGCAAAGGGGGCUAUUAACCUCCGCCGGGAAGGAAAUAAGGAACAAAAAUGAGAUCCUCCACCUUCUCUCGGCAGUAAAAGGCCCUAAAGAACUAGCUAUAGUGCACUGUCAGGGGCACCAGAAGGGGAACGACCCAGUGGCAGUUGGAAACAGACAAGCAGAUGAGGAAGCUAAGUUGGCAGCCCUAAACGGAGUGACCCUGUUAACUGUUUCUACGCCGGGGGAACAACACUGGGACCCUACAGAGCCAAGUUUACAAUUUCAAAAAGCCCAACUUUACGUCAAAGACAUACACAAGCUCACCCAUUUAGGCUCAAAGAAGUUACAGGCACUCUUAAAGGACCAAAGAAAGGACUUAUUGUUGACUGACUCACAGAGGAAAGAAAUAGCUGAGCAGGCAACUAGAGCUUGUCAAGUCUGUCAAUUAGUUAAUGCCUACCCAUCCAAGCUUCCUGCAGGGAAGCACUUACGAGAAACCAGACUCGGACAAUUCUGGGAAGUGGACUUUACUGAAAUUAAGCCAGCAAGGUAUGGACUUAAGUAUCUCCUAGUCUUUGUAGAUACUUUUUCAGGAUGGGUCGAAGCCUUCCCCAUGAAGAAAGAAAUGGCUCAGGUGGUGGUCAAAAAGAUCCUAGAGGACAUUUUUCCAAGGUUCAGCUUGCCUAAUGUAAUAGGGUCCGAUAAUGGACCGGCGUUCAUGGCCCAGGUAAGUCAGGGGUUGGCCAGGACCGUGGGGAUUAAUUGGAAGUUACAUUGUGCUUAUAGACCCCAGAGCUCAGGACAGGUAGAAAGGAAGAAUAGAACCAUCAAAGAGACUUUAACGAAAUUAAGCUUGGAGACCGCCAUAAAAGACUGGACUAUGCUCCUACCUUAUGCACUGUUUCGUGCAAGAAAUACCCCCUCCACCUCUUUAUGUAACCUUACCCCUUAUGAGAUUCUCUGUAGUUCCCCUCCUCCAGUAAGGGACCUAACCCCAACUCUGAGACUUAAUGAUUCCUUUCACACCCCCUUGCUUAACAGACUUAAAGCCCUUGAACAAAUCCAGCGGUACCUGUGGAAACAGUUGGCCACUGCCUAUCAGCCUGGAGACGAGGGAACCCCACAUCGAUAUCAAGUGGGAGACUUCAUCUACGUGAGAUGGCAUCAGGUGUCAUCCCUGGAACCCUGGAAAGGACCAUACCAGGUGUUGCUUAUAACGCCUACAGCGGUGAAAGUGGAUGGGAUCGCUCCCUGGAUCCAUGCCUCCCAUCUCAAGCCUGCGCCCUGUCCAGACUCAGGCUGGAAACUGGAACAGACUGGUAACCCUCUCAAGUUGCAUGUCCGUCGUGUGGGUAGGCUAUGGAUUCUUCCCCUGACCACCAGCAGUUCUAAUCCCCAUCAGCCUGUUCAGCAACAGUGGCAACUGCUGGACAAGUAGUAUGGUCUAUUUCACAUACAGCCCCUUUACGGACUUGGUGGCCAUCUUUCCACCCGGACAUUUGUCAACUGGCCAUAGGCCUUCCUGACUGGGACCUCCCUGACAUAGAGGACCCCACACAGAUCCCGCUCGAACCCAAGCCAGGGCAACAUUUCCCAUAGGGUCACCAUAUGCAUUAUGGAUGUCAUCACCCCCAUUUUAGGUGUAGACUAGCCAGUCUUGAUUAUUAUGUGUGCCCAGCUGAUUUCCGAAGUCGCAAACAGGCCCGAACCUGUGGAGGACCCAGUGACUUUUAUUGCAAAUCUUGGGGUUGUGAACAAACGGGAGCUGCAUGGUGGAAACCAAACUCCCCAGAUAGCAUGAUUCAGGUAGGGCGAAAUGACACCUGGAUAGAUCCCAAGAACUGUUUGGCUAGCCAAGUGUCAAAAACUCGCUGUGGAAAAAAUAGUCUAUGUAACCCCCUCAAUAUAACUUUCACUUCCAAAGGAAGGGGCUACCUCAGAACAACAUGGCUUACGGGAAAUACUUGGGGAAUGCGAUUCUAUGUUUAUGGCCCCACUUAUGACUUUGGCCUCUGGUUCACCAUCCAACUUAAACAGGAAGAAAAUUCCACAGCAAUAGGGCCCAAUCCCCUCAAGCCAGGAAUUAAGCAUCCUAAACCUCCCAUGCCUAGAACUACCAGAACCCCUCUACCAUCUCAUUCCUCCUGGUUUCCAUCUUUGCCUACUUCCCCAUUCCGGAGUACAGCUGACUCCUCCCCCUGGGAAUUGAUUAAAGGAACCUUUAUGGUACUGAACUCCACACAGCCAGAUCUCACCCAAUCCUGCUGGCUAUGCCUCUCUGCACCCCCCUAUUAUGAAGGGAUAGCAGUCAAUGGGACUUAUGCUGGGAAGACGUAGAGUUCCACCUGUAGUUGGGGCGAAAAUCCGAAGUUAACUCUCCCAGAAGUAACCGGGGCAGAUUUAUGUCUAGGGUCCCCACCCAAGAGUAAACAACACAUAUGUACCCAGAUAGGAGAAAUCAACACCACGCAGGGCUUUCUAGUCCCUGAGAAAGGAACCUGGUGGGCAUGUGACUCAGGAUUAACUCCUUACAUUUCAGCCCAGGUGUUUGACAGCUCUGUAAACUAUUAUGAAAUGGUGCAAAUACUCCCCAGAGUGCUUUAUCAUGAUGCAGAAUCAUUUGAAGGUCUAGUAGGGGGACAAACAACCCGUUUCUGCCGGGAACCAGUGUCCCUCACUCUAGCCAUCCUAUUAGGGAUAGGAGCUGCUGCAGGAGUAGGUACGGGGAGCGGCUGCAAUGAUCCAUGGGUCACAACAAAUGGCCCAAUUAGAAACAGCAAUAGAUCAGGACUUGAAGACAUUAGAAACCUCUACCACAGCCUUGCAGGAGUCUUUAACCUCUCUCUCUGAAGUUGUUUUGCAGAACAGGCAAGGGUUAGAUCUCCUCUUUAUGAGGGAAGGAGGCCUCUGUGUAGCACUAAGGGAAGAAUGUUGUUUUUAUGCUGACCAUACUGGAGUUGUAAAAGAAUCCAUGAGUAAAUUAAGAAAACGCCUUGAAGAGCGCCAGAGAGAAAGGGAAACUCAACAAGGGUGGUUUGAGUCUUGGUUCGCCCAGUCCCCCUGGUUAACUACACUCCUAUCAGCCCUAGCUGGACCCUUGAUCAUCCUUAUGCUAUUAUUAACUGUGGGACCCUGUUUGCUUAACCAUAUAGUUUCUUUCCUCCAGGCUCAGAUUGGACAGGUGAAACUCAUGGUAAUCAGAUAGCAGUAUGCUCCACUGGCAGAAAUGGAAUGUGAAAUCCCUCAAUAAUUAUGGUCUCUCACUUUUAAGAUUAAAAGUAGUCAGAAAAAAAGAGUAGGAAAUGAAAGGGUAAAAGAAACUGAAGUUAAAAUGUAAAGAACCAGGUAUUGUAAAGUUUCUAAGCUGCAAAGCCAGAGUUAAAAUGUAAAGGACCAGGUAUUGUUAAGUUUCUAAGCUACACUCAAAGCUUGAAAUUCCUAUAGCUGUUAAGACAAUUCCCGGGACUGCCCAUUAGAUAUGUCUAGGAAUCCCCCCUAGUUACUUAACAACUUGGACCCAGUGCAGCUCAGCAUGUAGGCACCUCAGGGCCUAAACCAAUCAGUUUGAAUGUACACCCCGCUUUAGGACUGACCUAUCACCCCCGCCCGACAUGUUCCCGCCAAUGAAUGUACUAAUCAUGUUUGAGAGUUGUUGUUCGAUU